UCUAGAGCCACUGACAUGAGCAACCUGUGCAUGGAGGAAGUUACUGCAGACAGAAUCGCCACUCCUUCCCACUAAGAUUUUGAUUUUAAAUUAAUUCCCACGCCUGAUCGUCAUCCUGGUGACAUAAAUGGCUAUCUCCAAAGGAAGCCAAAGGAUCCUGUGGGUUCUGGAUCUGCUCCACCUCCCCUCAACAGGGAUAAUCUGAGACGAAUCAAAUCAAGGAAGACCACGGGAUUGACUUUCCACAGAGCUGGAGAGGGAAAGACAACGUCAGAGCUGUGGAGAUUGAUGUCAGUGGAUUUCAGUUUCUUAUUUCUUUUUUAUGUUGCUGCGUUGAUUUUUAGAUUAGUGACAGUCUUCAGCUGUAAGCUAUUUCUAAGUUCUUAAAGUUGUAUUGGUCUUGGUCUUAAGAAGUGAAAUUCUUUCUAUUAUCUGAUGAGCCACCAAGUGUAAACUACCAGCUAAUGUUAGCAGCUUUUCUCAUGGAUUAUGUCUGCUCUACACGUGACUGUUAUGAUUUUUUAAGCUUUGCUCUGAUGCAAAUGUUGAUUUGUAAUACGCUCUCUGUCAAUGAUCUAUUCCUGUGUGCAAACUUAAUGAUCUUCAGUUUCAAAUAGAGACUUUUUCAGUCCAACAAAACUCUGUUUACUUAUGAGGUGCCUUCUCCAGAUUGUGUGAGAACGCCGGUCAUAAUCCUGAAUUUAAGGUUUACGAUAAGACUUAGAGUAUCAGUGAUUCACAGAAACCACGGUAAGAAGUGUCUAAAAGAGUAUUUGUGGCAUUUGUAUGUGCAGGCUCUGCUAUGACUGUGGAUGUCAGCCUGAGUGGUUAUUCCUAUGGCAAGCAAUGCAAAUACCAGAGGUGCGGCUCUGAUGGAAUACAGUAAGUACAAAAUGCUUUUCAUUCAAUACUGAAAUGUGUCUGUUAAGCAUAAGGGAAUGGUUUGGGGGACUGUUAUGGCUAUAUACUACAGUAUAUACUACAGCUCUCCACGCCACCAAAUUCCACAUUAAAAUAUAAUUAAUUUGCUAGAAGUGUGGCUAUUUUUACUGUAAUGCUUUGAUAACAGAGCUUGAAUGCCAGAUGAGGAUUAGACACUUCUAAACUGAGUCUUAAACUCGCAAUCUUCCAUUUCCCAAGGAUAUGAACAUUUUAAUGUUUACUCUGCUAUUAAAAAGAGUGUUAAAAAAAUCUAAAUGAAUCUGUCGAACACUGUUUUCUCUUUUCUUUCUACCAAUAACUCCAGUCAGAGCCCCCAGGGCCAAGUACACACUUGUAGGAGAAGCUAUACGAUAUGUCAUCCCUGCUCCUUUGCAAUGCUCAAUCGGUUGUGGAGGACAAUCCUGCAAGUAUGACAGCCCAGGUUACUGGAGGGAUGACCAACAGGCUAUUAAAGGCCUCUACUCAUCAUGGUACUCACGCCAUGCUUUAGUAGAUGUGAUAGUUUGACAAGAAUGUGAAUUUCUAUACUUCCUCUCAAAUCAUUUUGGUUGAACUUAGAUGGACCAGAGUCAUAUAAUAUCUACUCUGCUAUUUUUCUUAAUAUUUUUCCAGGGUUAGUGAUCACCUUCUGGCUAUGUCCAGACCAUCAACAGAAACCAUUGAGAAGUACAAGAUCAUUGAUCAAUUCAAAAGGUUUGUUCACUUUUUCCUAUCAGUUGUUUCCAGAUUAAGAGCAAACAUAACCGAGAAGAUGAGAGUAAUGACUUGUUCAUGCCUCUGUUUGUAUGUGUGUGUGCUUGUUUCAAGGAGUGGUAUUAAAACAGUGAUCAACCUACAGAUACCUGGUGAACAUGCCAGCUGCGGAAACCCUCUGGAGCCAGAGAGUGGCUUCUCCUACCGUCCAGAGGUGUUCAUGGAAAACAACAGUAAGUGCAUUAUGUAAUAUUUAAGCAAUAUCAACAGUGUCUGUAAUUUGGAGGCCUGCAUGCCCUCCAAAUCACUUUCAAAUUCAGUUGUCCAUGCUUUUGCUAAGCGUCUCAUGUAGGUUUAAGAGCAACAUAUGCUGCCAAUGAGAUAAAGACUUUCUCUAGGAAGACCUUCAGAUUUUAGUGAGAUAAUGCAAAACCACAUCAUACACAUAUAACAUGGCUCCAUUGUGUAGGGGUCCAGGUUCUAAGCUGGCCUGCCUGCUCCCAUUGAAAGCAUGAAGGAUAUCAUGAGAUAAAAGCACAACAAAGAAGACCCUGAAAGUUGUUGCACAUCACAGCCACUCCAUUUUUACAUUUAAUUAUGCUUUAAAUUUAUCUUGCUCUUUUCCCAUCAGUUUACUUGGUCUAGAGUAGCUAUUGUACAAUUCUUGUUAUACCUGUUUUACCUGCUGCUCAGAUUUAAAUCAAAACAUUUCACUAUUUUACCACCAGUCUACUUCUACAAUUUUGGCUGGAAUGACUACGGCGUGGCCAACCUCACCACUAUGCUAGACAUGGUGAAGGUCAUGGCCUUUGCACUGCAAGAGGGGAAGAUAGCGGUCCAUUGUCACGCUGGUCUUGGAAGAACAGGUACAUUUAUAAGGACUUUGUAUGUUUAAACAUUUCAUUUUAGUUUAAGCUGUCACUUUCUCACUUUGAUAAACCAUUUCCCCCUCAUCCCUCAGGUGUGCUUUUAGCGUGCUUCCUGGCCUAUGCCACCAGGAUGACUGCCAACCAGGCUAUUAUGUAUGUUCGAGCUAAACGCCCCAACUCCAUCCAGACACGAGGGCAGCUGCAUUGUGUCAGAGAGUUUGUCCAAUUCCUCACCCCUUUAAGAAGUGUGUUUUCCUGUGCCGAGCCUCUUUCUAAUCGUGUCACCCUGGCCCAGUACCUGAACCGCCAGAGACACAUAUUGCACGGCUAUGAGAGAAAAGAGCUGAAAAACUUACCCAAAAUUGUCCGGCUAGUAUCCAGGCUGCUGCUGGACAUUGCAGAGAAUCGUCAGGUGAUUGAGGAAGACAUCCUGGAGGCCCCAGAUAUUCAUGACUUAGAGAUGACUCUCAGCAUUAUUGAGCAGAUGGGUCCUGAAGUAUUUGCUAGGGAACCCCGCUUACCAGGUACACCUACUUUACCAAGACAUUUCAACGAGCCACCCAUCUUCUAUCACCGUAAAAGUCUGAGCUACAGUGAGUCUGACUUGAGACGGCUAGGCCCAGAACUCAACCUCCUCACACAGCCUCUCAGCUCGUUGUCACAGAGCACUAUUGACACAUCCAAGACCCCCUCGGAGACAACUUGCCCUUCGACAGAGAUUCAGCGUUGGAAUAGCAACCCAUCUGACGUCUCACACAGCUCAACGGGCUCACUCUGGAAAGUCAAGAAUGAUCAAAACCAAAAAGAUGGGGCAAUCCUUGUGAGGAAAGUGACUCAGAAAAACAUUCUACGUAGUGAGUCUGUGGGAAACAGUGAACCUACAAAACAGGGUAGCAUGCUGUCUAGGUGGAAGGCCGAACAGAGGGAGGGACUGGCCAUGAACGGGAUGAAGUCUGAUGGUAGACAAGAGGAGCAGUCAGAGGUACCCUUCAUCACCCUGCAGUCAGAGUUGUCUCUGGAAAGCAGGAGGAUGUUGGUGGCACAGGCCCUGGCAGUGGACCUUUUUCAUGAUGGGGACCAGGAACACAGGGGCAGAGUGUUGGCCUGGCAGGUAACUAAUCCACAACAGUGAUGAAGUAGUAUAAGAUAUUGGCAAGGAGUCAUUGGAAAAGCCUUAACUGUAACUUUCAAUUCUUAAAUGAUAUCCACUGCAAAGACACUCUUGGCUAAAAUGUUGGUAAUUCCCAACCACUUUUAGCUUUUUUGUCUUUUAUCGCUACCGUCUAGAGUGAAAAUAUAUAUACAAAUUGAAAGUGAAGGAACAGAACUAACCCCAAACCCAAGUACAAUGAUCAAUGGUGUGACUGAGUUUAAAGUAAACUAUACCUUAACUUUGGCAACACCUGAUAAUAUUAGAAACAAACCUUCAGACCUUAAUGCCAAUGCAAAAUGUUCAUCAGUUACCAUAGUGACAGAUUGGGUCCCAUUAAAAGUAGACAGUGUCUAACAUGACUGCAUGUGCAUAUACAGGCAGAACUGAACCAAGGCGGCGGCUGGGAGAGACUGUGCUCAGAGCGAGAUCCUUUCAUCCUCAGUGGUCUCAUGUGGUCUUGGUUGGAGCAGCUCAAAGAGCCGGUCAUCCCUAUCCAAACAGCCAAAGCCCUGAACCCUUACAGCAUAGAUUCUCAAACCACCCUCAGCACACUCAACCAGGUCAGUGAACACUUUGCAGCACAGCAGUCAUUAACUCAGAUAAUGAAGCUCACAUUUACAUAUUCUGUAUUUCUUUAAAUUCCCUCCAGGAUGCCAAAGAAACGUUAAUGUGCAUACUUGAUUGUAUGGCUCAAAUGUUGACGAUACCAGAAGAGGUUGAGAAUGCAUUCCUGAAUCGUACCAUCAAAGCUGUCACCUGGGUAAGAAAACAAAUGCGGUAUUUUGAUAAAAGGAUCUACCUAGUCAUUGUUUUUUUGUUUCAACCUAAGAAUCUUGUUUGCUUUUGAACAGUUGGAAAUGGACUCAGAGGAUGGAGGAAAACUAUACGAAUCCCUGACUUCAGUUCUACGGUGUGUCCUUAUGGACAUGAGAUCUUUAGCCAGUGAAACAGAUGAGACAUACUUGUCUCCCGGCUCUUUAACAUGAAAACUUUUAUACAUGAAGCACUGCCUGAACUCUUAUACGAGGCCAUGAAAGAGAAAAGACUGCUGUUGUGCCUUACAUCAAAACUAUGUCAUAUGUGAUUUCAGUGCAAGCCGUAUAAAAACAUUAAGAAUACAUAUAUUUCUAUCACUCAUAUAGGAAAUACAAUCUUCCGCAUGUUCUCACUUUAAUAUCUAGUGAAGUAUUGAAGAACAGGUGAUACAAAUAUAUUUUACAUUACAGUAUGCCUUAAAAUCAGUGACAGUCAUCACCAACAUACCUC